AUGGUCUCCAUCCAUUUAUUUGACAGAUUUGGUUAUGCUAUGGAAUGCAUUCCAUCAACAUCGUUUAGUCUCUCACUAGACCCCACCAUGGACCCAUGCUCUUUGCGUUGUCAUGAAUGUGGUGAGAUGAAAUCAUCAGCAAAAAUGUUGUUCUAUCACCUUUUUGAACAUCAUGACUAUGACAAGACUCGUAUCGCGAGCAUCAAACAGCUCAGGAAAACAAGGAGCACUCACACCAAGGCGUUGAGAAAGGCGAAACAGCUUCAUGUUUGCGAUAUUUGUGGGACUCCGUUUCUUUCAAGAAGCGGCCUUAGCAAACAUAAUGAGAGAAUGCAUGAUAUGACGUCAGUCGCCGCUGCGCGGAUUCCAUGCCCAAUUUCGAGUUGCACUGGUCGCUUCUAUACAUAUAUGGAGUUGGCGACUCAUGCUGAUUUUGAACAUCGGGAUGAGGCCUUCGACAGAAACUCAUUUCGAGUCUACAAGCAACAGUUCGCCGAUAUUUUUGCACUCCAGGAAUGGCGUGCCGAGAAGGAGUACGAGACUGGCAGUAAAUUUGUGAUGAGAAGUUCAGAGAAGAAAUUUACAUAUGGGAAACGAGUUGUGAUGUGGAACUGUGCAAAAGGGUACUCGAGGAGGAAGGAGAUAGCUUACAAACCAUGCCCUGCGUUUAUAAGAAUAUGUGAACGCCACUGUGGAACUUUUGAAGUUGUAGCGUGUUUCGGUCAUCUUGGACAUCCCCAUACAAGUGUGAAUCCAACAACUGAGUGCCGAUUUCGUUCAGAGGCCGCAGAAGGAGCAGAAGAAAUUGAAGCAGUUCGGGAAUUGCUUGAGGUUACGGAUGAGUUUUUGACUUGCGAUGAGGAUACAACUUAUCGGACGUUGGAUGAAGAGUGGUCGCAAAAGUCAAAAUGA